UACGUCGGGUCACUCGGUCUCGUGAAUACCUGGGAUCUCUGCAAGUUGAUCAAUGGAACGAGUACGUUUCAGGUUUUUGCGGAUAUCAAGUGAGAUUCAUCCAUUCGCCAGUUACGCCAAAUACAACUAUCCCCUCGAUUUUGCAAAAAAAAACCCUUUUGGCCAGGCGGGGAGGCUGGCGAUGGGGUAUGGUCGCUGGUUGAUGACACACGCGGGGCAAUUCACACGGGUAGGAAACACACGAAAGGAGGUUGUUGAGGUUUCGACCAGUGAUUUGGGCUAUCAAUCCCAAUUGCUAAGUUUACUAGGGUUGAAGGGUCAGGAAGAUAGCGACACUGUAAUGAUCCCGCACAUGGGAGAACUAUUUGAAGCAAGGAAGACGUUGUCGCCAUUCUGGAAGAUCUAUUUUAAGCUCUCGGACAAUGUUAAAGCCAUACUUGUUCUCGAGAACGACGGUGUGGUUAGUUCUAUCCCCAUCCCUAUCCUCCCUUCAACACUAGCAAUGCUUCCCAAGCGUGGACAGUCCACGACUUACUUCCCAUUUGCCAAGCACUUAAUAUCCGCCAUUCCGAGAGAGGAACAUGGACCUUCUGCCCUCUCCCUAGCAAUAAAGAAGUCAUGACCCGCAAACGCAUAACUCAGAAACAGCACUACUGAGAACCUCGCAGAGGCGGCAUCGCGGGUUGAGUCCACCAGAAGCACACGUCCGGAGUCAGCGUCCUGUCCUCCCGUGACGACACAACGGACCUCAUGGUGGAAGCCAAGAGCAAAAAAACAAGCCGCCUUUGAUCUAUACCUUGUUGUGAUGGUGGUCGCUAUCAGAAUGCGCAGUGCUAAUAGAACGGAACAGUAAAGAGAAUAUCUGUGGUGGAAUCACUAAGAAAGAUGUGUUCUUCGUCUCUCUCCUUCGCUAAUAGGUAAUGACAGGUGUAUAAGGAAAACAUCCUCUAAGCAAUCUGAUCUCUCCAUAAACCACUACACCCAUCUCUAACAUUCCCUCCAUGUCCAAACUCCUCUGUCCACAUCCGUAAUAACAAAGGAAAAGACAUAUCCGUAAAAUCUGCUUCCAGCCUUCAAACAAAUCUAUCAUACUGCUAAACCCCGAAAAAACACUCCUGCCACUUCUGUGGACAACCUUGUUCUUCCACUUCCCAUGCCUUCCAUGACCAACCACGACACACUAUCACUAUCACUUCAACAUACCUGAAGCACAACAUUGGCCCGGCAAAUCUGUUCAAUGAAGUGAUACCUCACCCAUGCACCGAAGAGUCCGGGCCGGUUGUUGGCAGGAAAAAGAGAGGUGUUCAAGAAGUCAUAUGCGAAGAAGCCAUCGUUCCGGGGGAAGAGGUGGGGAUGGGCAGUGUAGAGAGGAUGGCGUAUUGGUCACAGGACAAAGAGGAAUGGCUGAGCCCGCCGAAAAUAAUAUGGCAGAAGGAAGAACAAGUAACAGAAAAGCCG